GACAGUAGGAAGAGGUACAAGAGAGGGCUCUCCUCAUCUGUUGCUAUCUCUUUUUCCUGGCUACUGUAUAUUUCUAGAAGUCUCUUUCCAUCCCAAUUUCCGCCGCUCUCUGUCCUUACUCGCCAUGUCAGGCGACGUUCUCACGUCCUUUACGGUGUACGGCGUCAUCGCCGCCCCCGCCUUUCAGCAGUGCACCGACGCCGCCGCCUAUGUCAACCGCACCUAUCCGGAGUCCUACGCCGUUUCCAUACAACGCGACGUCCCGCGCGACUUCGACGAGCGCCGCGCGCAGUGGAUCGCGGCAGGUCAGCUGGCGACCGACGAGCACGCCCGCAGCGACGUGCUGGUGCACAACGUCGCGACGAACGCGUUCAUGACGGCGGCGGAGUUCCUCGCGCUGGUCAUGCUGACCACGCACUACCGCGCCGACCCGUCGACAGACAAUGCGGAGUCCUACCGAGCCCGGGCGCAGCAGAGCUGGCUCGAUUUCCUCGCGGCCCGCGACCGUCAGUACUGCUGGAUGGACGUGACGGUGGACGAUGUGGCGGUGGGGCGGGUUUGGUUUGAGCUCUUCUCCGCGGUGGCGCCGUUGACGUGUAAGAACUUUUGUGAGCUGUGCCGUGGGACGUCGGUAGAGGUGACGCUGCCCUCCGCCUCCACCAGUGCUGCGGCGGAGGCUGGUUCCGCCGACCAAGCGGCCGGCACGCGCACACUGCUGACGUACAAGGGAACCACCUUCUUUCGAAUUCUGAAAGACGCGUGGGUCAUGGCGGGCGACGUGACGGCGGGGCACAGCGGCAACGGCGGGUACUCGUGCUACGGCCGCACCUUUCCUGAUGAGUCGUUCGCCGUCGCCCACGACGCGGCGGGGGUGCUUGGGAUGUGCAACGACGGGCCCCACACGAACUCCUCCAGCUUUUACAUAACGCGGCGGCCGCUGAGUUGGAUGGACCGCAAGUACGUUGCUUUUGGCCGCGUGAUGGACGGCAUGUCGGUGGUGGACGCGAUCCACGCCGUGGGGGUCAAGCACAACCAAUCCCCGCUGGCGACGAUCGUCAUUGCGGACUGCGGUGUGUUGGACCCGUCGGAGUAG